UCACUUAUUUUGACGCAAGAAGUAACACUGAGAGAACAAUGGAAAGAAAACAAUCCGGCUACGGUGAAUGUUACAGAGGAACGGUGUUUAUGUAUGUAUAUACAUACGUUUACCACUGCUGGUAAAUUGUCCAGUGUUUACGAAACAAACAUGGAUGACGCAGUGCAGGGGACAGAGAAGAAAAACUGCACCUUUUUAUUUAAGAAACGCAAGAUUCGUAAUAAUGCUACGAGAAAACGGAAAGAAGCAGAUAGUAGCGAUAAUAGCAGCGAGGAUGAGACCACGAUAGUCAAGAAGGAAAAAAAGCAGAAUGAACACAAUCCUAUGAUACAAAGUACAAAUGUGAAAAGGCAUCAGGAAAAGACCAGUUAUAAUGUCGACGACAGUAGUGAGGAUGACAGUGUGACUGUAUCAUAUAAAAGUAGCAGAACGGCUUUACCAGCUGGCCCAAGUGAUCAAGGAGCAACAGCUAUUCUUCAAACAGAAACAGAAAAAGAUAGAGAUGCCCAAGCACUAUUUGAAAGGGCUCAAAAAAUAAACGAGUCGUUAGAAGGAAAAGAGGAUGAUAAGAUUUAUAGGGGAUUAAAUAAUUAUGCGCAAUAUUAUAAGAAGAAGGAUACUGCUGCUGGAAAUGCAUCUAGCGGAAUGGUACGGAAAGGACCAAUUCGAGCACCAUCCAAUCUUAGAGCGACAGUGAGAUGGGAUUAUCAACCCGAUAUAUGCAAGGAUUACAAGGAAACCGGUUUCUGUGGUUUUGGAGACAGCUGUAAAUUCCUGCACGACAGGUCGGAUUAUAAAUUGGGAUGGCAAUUGGAAAGAGAAGCUGCCACAGGCGAAUAUAACAAUAGCGGAGAUGAAGACGAUAAGAAAUAUGAGAUUGACAGUGAUGAGGAAAAUCUACCGUUUAAAUGUUUCAUUUGUAGAAACAGUUUCACAGAUCCAGUCAUUACUAAAUGCAAGCAUUAUUUUUGUGAAAAAUGUGCUUUGGAACAGUAUAGGAAAAGUACUCGAUGUUAUAUCUGCAAUGCCCAGACCAACGGUACUUUUAAUCCUGCAAAAGAACUUAUUGCACGAACUAAAUUGGAAGAUAAGGAGAAGACAACCGUGGCAAGUGAGGACUCCGAUGAAGAUUAAUACAAAUUUUUUUGUAAUCUCAAAAUUUUGUAACAAAUAAUACUCUAAGUGAGUGAUUUUAAUCUGUAAAUGUUGAGCACUUGAAACAAUUGGUAAAUAAUCGAUCUGUAAUAUCCCAAAUUGUUCUUUUUCCGGGCCUUUAUUGAAUAGCAAAAGAUAUCUACUAAAAUGCAGAUUUGUAUGAAUACUACAAGUCAAUAAAGAUAUGUGUAUAAACACA